UAUUUUAACGUUGAUGCCAGUGUUUAGUCGACCGAUUAAUUUCUUACAGAAUAAUGAAAAAGUUUGAAUUUUCGUCGAAUCAUGUCGUUCCAGAACAAAUUUUUUCGGGCAAAUUGUUUUAUAAUGUGUAUAAAGAUGCGGAAUUCUUACGACACAGUGAUAAUAUAGAAACAAUAUUGGCAAAAGGUUACCAGCUGCGCAAAACAUUGAAAGAGACAAAGCCUGGUGAACUCGUUAAAGUCGACGGCAUGUAUCUCGAAAGAAACACACCACUUUUAAUUAAAAAAACUGGUCCUAAUGUGCAAAUUGAAAACUUUGAAUUUACAGCAAAUCGUUUGAAUGGAUUGGUUGCUGCUUAUGCAUUUGAAAACCGUUUGAGAUUCCCUAUUCUCAACUCUUCUGAAGCCUCAGCUUUGGGUCUGAAAUGGGAUAACAAAAACGAAAUCAAAUGUCGUCUGUUUCUGUCAUCAGUAAGUGGAACGGAGCACUUUUAUGACCAAUUCCGAUAUUACCCAUUGUUGUGUGCAUUACGAAAACUUCAACUUAACAAAAUAACUUUAGAACCAGUCAUCAAAAUCGCAAAAAUCAAGAACACCCAAGGUGAACGUAUGGCUAAAGAAUUAUUGCGUAAUCAUUUAGAGGUGAAUCAGCUUUUGAAACAUUUUCCAGGAGCUUUAAAAUUUAAUUUGAAAAUGCAACUAUGCACUGCACCACCUGAAUUGAAAAAGUUUUUCCUUGAACCUUGAAAAGAUUCUUAAUGUUGACAAGAGAAAUAUUAAAUUAAAAUAUAUUUCUUGAAAUAUAUCUCAAAAAUUUUUAAAAUAUUUUCUUUAUAUUAUGUUAAGAAUUAUGUUAAUACUCUUUGAAUUUUAAAUUAAUAUAUAAAUCAUCAAUCUUAGUUGACAACACUAUUACAUUAUGGAAUAAGAGAUAUUAGAUAGAGAUUUAUAUGUACAUUCUUAUGUAAGUAGUGGUGUGUAUAUUCAUAUACAUACUACACAUAAUAUACUAUUAUACAUAUACAUACUACACACAAAAGUAUAUUAAGUGUAGUAUGUUUAUGUAUAUUGUCUGAUGUUACGAAUAUUAUUUAAUUUAUUUUCAAGAAUCUAUGUUGUCUACAUUACUGCACACUCCUAGCCUGCUAUGUAAACAUUAGUUCUCAGAUAAGUCCACUGUUGCUAACUAAAUUUGUAUACAAAUAACUAAGUUUUUUAAAAGUAUAUCUAUAUAUAUUUAAGAGAUAUUAUAUUAAACCAUAAACUUGAAAUAUUAUAAAACAUUUUAGUUAUGAGUAAUUCUUAACUGCUUUUACUAUUUGUUACUGUCUGUUACUGCUAACUCAACUAAUGUAUCAUGUACUACAUACCUAAAAUUAGGUUUAUUUACAUCAGCUUACUACUGUAACAAUUAAAUAAAAGGAUAAAAAUAAACAUAAGUAAAUUUUAAA